AUGUCAACGCAUAAUGUGGGACUUGUAAUGAAGUCCAUUAUCGACGAGUAUACUUCUGGAGACAAGCAGAGAAUACCUGGAAUUGUCUAUUGUGCUGUUGGAAAGGAUGGCGUGCCAAUAUUUCAACAUGCCUCUGGCAAGAAGGGCCUUUCCAGCAAUUUGCCAAUGACGUUGGAUACGACGUUCUGGCUGGUGUCGUUUACCAAGCUUAUAACAUCUAUCGCUUGCAUGCAGUGCGUGGAACGUGGCUUACUGCUUUUGGACGAUGCAGAGCACUUAGAGACACUGGCCCCUGAGCUGCGCGACGUUAAGGUACUCCAAAGAACCCCUGAAGAUGGAUUUGAAUAUGUCGAGAAGGAGGGGAGAAUCACUUUGCGCAUGUUGCUUAACCAUACCGCUGGCUUUGGGUAUGCCUUCGAGGAUUCCAAAUUAGCCGAAGUUUCUCGCCCCGUUGGGCUUGAUGAUUUCUCAUGUGACCGGCUAGACACCAUCAAUCGACCUCUGGUAAAUCAACCAGGUACAACAUUUCAAUAUGGUACUUCCAUGGACUGGGUUGGAAUCAUAAUAGAGCGCGUUAGCGGUCAUUCGCUCGAGUCAUAUUUUCAAAGCUACAUUCUUGGGCCUCUCAACAUCACGAGCAUCUCCUUCAGGCCAUCCGAUGAGGCAAAAUCCGGGCUAGCUCACAUGCACCAGCGUGAUUUGAACGACAAUGUUUACGAAAUCGACCACAUCUACAAAAAGCCUCUGAUGGCUAAAAAUGACGAGGAAAGAGAGCAGAUUUACUGUGCAGGUGGGCAUGGAUGCUUUGGGAAGCCCGCAGAUUAUGCUCGUAUCAUUGCACUGCUUUUGAACGAUGGAACUGAUGCAAAAACGGGCGCCCAGCUUCUUAAAACCAGUACUGUGGAAGAAAUGUUUCGCGACCAAAUUGUUGACAAGCCGCGUUUUUCCAACGAGUUCGUCCCGGUUUCUAAACCGAAUUUGGCGCGACCUACCCCUCUGAGUCCCAUGCCAGAAAAUCACACAGAAGGAUGGGGUCUGUCGUUUUCGUUAAGCCACUGGCAGUCACCAACUGGCCGAGCCUCUGGGAGCGGCUCUUGGGAAGGGUUGGCUAACCUUUACUGGUUCGCUGACAGAAAAAAUAAGCUUGGUGGUCUCAUUGCCACGCAAAUUGCACCUUUUGGAGAGGGUUGA